AUGGAUGAGUGUAUUCUGGGACUAGACUUUAUGCAAUUAUUUGGAUUCACGUUGAACAUUGGGGGUGGCACAGUACAAUAUGGGAAUCUAGAAAUUCUCUUGCUGGGGGACAACAUGGAAGAAGAACAGAUUAAGAGGGUCUUAGUAACAGAAGACACCAUCAUCCCCCCACAGUCUGAAGCCAUCAUAUGGGGAACAAUAGAAGGCAACGAUCCCAUGUCUAUCACAAGCCUCAUAGAGCAGUCAAAGGAAGCAUACAGAAGGUUGCCUGUUGGGAGAAUAUUGGUUGUUAACAGAGAAGACAGGAGAGUACCUGUUCGCGUUAUGAACGUUGACACUCAAGCUUGCAACCUACAAAAGAAUAAUGUUAUGGCCACCUGUUGCCCAGUGGAGCUUAUUGCAACGUGUGGUGCGGUGGCCCCUGUAGCUAGUGCAUCGUUAUGUGACUCUCGAGUUGAUCUAAUGCUUGGAGAUGUGGGCGAGAAUCUGUCAGAGGAAGAGUACAAUAAAGCUAAACAACUGUUGCUAGAGUUUAAAGACAUCAUGCAAGACAGUGAAAAUGAAGGUGGCCGGACUAAUAUGGUAACCCAUAGGAUAGAUACAGGUAACACUAGACCAAUCCGGCAAACACCACGGCGACUACCAUUAGCAAAGCAACAAGAGGCCGCUCACAUGUUGGAACAAAUGAAGGAACAAGGAAUUUUAGAGCCGUCUAACAGCCCAUGGUGCUCGCCUGUUGUUCUGGUUCAGAAAAAAGAUGGCUCUCUGCGUUUUUGCGUUGACUACAGGGCUUUAAAUAACGUCACACAAAAAGACAGCUAUCCACUGCCGCGUAUCGAUGACACAUUAGACACCCCUUUUCUGGAGCUCAUAUAUUUUCAACCCUAG